UCUCCGGCUGAAUUGCGGCGCAGGCUGGCAUUGUGAGUAGUGUUCUAAGUUCUUGUAAACUACCGCGAGUAUCCCUGGACGGCCGGGUAUUUCUUUUUGACGAAAAUAAUAAAAGCAACUUUUAGCGACGGGGAAAAGAUGUUUGGUUUCCAUAAGCCAAAGAUGUACCGAAGUAUAGAUGGUUGUUGCAUUUGUAGAGCCAAAUCAUCAAGCUCUCGAUUUACUGAUAGCAAGCGCUAUGAAAAGGAUUUCCAGACUUGCUUUGGAUUACAUGAAACUCGCUCAGGAGAAAUCUGUAAUGCCUGUGUGCUGCUAGUGAAGAGGUGGAAAAAACUGCCUGUUGGUUCAAAAAAGAAUUGGAAUCACGUGGUGGAUGCAAGAGGAGGACCAAGUGUGAAAACAUCAGUGAAGCCAAAAAAAAUUAAAUCCCUCUCCAGGAGAGUCAAGCCAAGCCAAAUCAGUAAACUUAAGAAGGAAUUGAAAAGGCAGAAUUCUGAUGCUCAUAGUACCACUUCAAGUGCCUCCCCAGCACAGUCUCCAACAUACAGCAAUCACUCAGAUGGCUCGGACACUGAACUGGGCACACCCUCCAGUAGGAUGCCAGUAUUUUCCUUUCUUGACCUCACAUACUGGAAAAGACAAAAGGUAUGCUGUGGUAUUAUCUACAAGGGUCGCUUUGGAGAAGUUCUUAUUGACCCCCAUCUCUUCAAACCCUGCUGUAAUAACAAAAAAAUAGUUUCUGAGGCUCCAGAGCCCUCCGAAGCUCAUCCAACCAUUGUCAAGGAAGAGGAAGAGGAAGAGGAAUGGUGAUAUGGUUGACACCCUUCUAAAGAAUAUGUGUAGUUCAAGCACUACUAGAAGCAUCCGUAGGUUUCUCAUACAAGAUGAUGGCAGCUGGACUGUGUGUAAGGUGUUUUUGUUUUUUGUUCAGUUUCUCUUUUCAAUUCCUCAUUCAGUCAUUCUGGAGUCAUUUGCCACUCCUCACAUAAGCCAAGAAACUCCUUGCAUGCAUGCAUUUUUUGUGUAUGCUUCCAGUAGAACUAUUGAAGUACAAUAACCUCAGUACACCUUGGCUUUAAAGAUGGCUUUUUUUUCCCCAAGAAACGGGCAUUUUUUUGUGUGUCUGUGUUUCUCUUGUAGGACUUGUACCUUUCAAAUGGACUCUCAGUAUGAGCAAGUGUUUUUGUAUUAUCCUUGUUUAGAGGCCUUUCAAUGUUGAAUUUUAAUCUUAACUGUAUUAUUUAACUUCAUUGCAACUGGAAAUAUGUCAUUCAGAAGUCUCCUUUGGGGAAACUAUUUAUCUAAAAUAUCAAACAUUUACACUGGAGUUUAAAAAAAAAAAAAAAAACACAAAAGUGGGACUUUUUGGUACUUGGUGCAACCUGUCAUCUUUUUUAUAUUUUGGUAAAACUAAGUUUAGAAGAUAUAUUUUCUUGUCUUCAUAGCAGGUAAGUGUCUAAACAGAACAUUGUUUACAUUUCUUAUACCUGGUAAUUGAAGAUGAAACCUUUUCAUUCUGGAACCAGUAAUUUGCAUAAUUUUAGUGCUGGCAAAAUAUUUGCUUUAAUACACAUAUUACAUUCAGUUUUACAGUUGGUUGAAUCUGCAGUGUUAAACCUUGCACCAGACAUGCCACAGGUGAUUUAAUUUCAGGCUGUAGAAAUAAAUAGUUUUGAAAGACUAAAUUGCUUAAAAGAUAUUGGUGUAACAGUAGCCCCCAAACCAAACUCUGUUAAGUAUUUGCCUUUCCAAAAAUCCCAGAAACUGUGGUUAGAAUUCUUAUUACGGUAUUAUGUGCUAUAAUAAUGUUUAUUUUGUGUUAAUUGUAUAGGAGAAGACAACCCAUCAUAUUUAGUAGUAAGAUUUGAUAGACAUUAAAGUAUCUUCUGUGAGACAUUUUAAGUAUCUUUAGUGUUGGCAUUUUCAUGUUAACGUCUGCAGUAUAUCCAACAUAAAGUGGAGGUUUUAUCUUAUUAUAGGUUUUUCAUAUUACUUUGCCUUUGUGAGGCUUACUGUUGUUACUAUUAUUGCUUUGAAACCAGCUGAACUGCCAAACGUUUCACUACCUGAAGCCUGAAAGCUGUAGCGCUGUAAAUAUUCAGCAUUUUAUAUGUGAGGUAAAGAAACCUCUUUUUAAAUACAUUUUGUCUAUGUGGAUGAAAAAGGGGAGCAAAUAUACAUGUAAAUAUAUUGUUUGUUUGUAAAUUUGA